AUGGCCGGCAUCUUUGGUAGCGCUCCUGCCGCAGCCACCUCGACCACUGCCACACAAGGCAGCAUUGCCAACGAUGUUACCCUCAAUGGCGCACAGACCGACAGCAUCCAGGACUUGAGCUUCUCCCCCGUGUCUGGCCAUCUCUCUGUCGCAUCAUGGGACAACAAAGUCUACAUCUACGAGGUCAACGAGGAUGGUUCCAACCAGGGGAAGACCAUGAUGGACCUCAAGGCUCCCGCCCUGAGCACCUGCUGGUCAAAGGACGGCAGACAAGUCUUCGGCGCCGGCGCCAACAACCAGGCAAUGAUGCUCGAUCUCGGAAGCGGUGCCACCACUCCCCAGACAGUCGCUGCACACGACCAACCCAUCAAGUGCAUUGAAAGCAUCUCAGUCAACGGCCAAAACAUGAUCGUCACUGGUUCCUGGGACAAGACCAUCAAGUACUGGGACUGCCGCCAACAAAACCCUGUCGCUUCCGUUCAGUGCAAGGAGCGCGUCUACGCCAUGGACACACGCGAUCAACUUCUUGUCGUCGCUACCGCCGAUCGCUACGUCGAGAUCUUCAACCUCAACCAGCCUGCAACUGCAUACAAGACAAUCCAGAGUCCUCUCAAAUGGCAAACCAGAACUAUCAGCUGUUUCGCCGAUGCCACAGGUUUCGCUAUCGGUUCCAUCGAAGGUAGAUGUGCCAUCCAAUACGUCGAGGAAAAGGACUCGAGCUCAAACUUCUCGUUCAAGUGCCAUCGCCAGAACGCCCCCAACACCCGCGAUGUGUCCAACGUCUACUCGGUCAACUCCAUCUCCUUCCACCCUGUCCACGGCACCUUCAGCACAGCUGGUAGCGACGGCACAUUCCACUUCUGGGACAAGGACGCCAAGCACCGCCUCAAGGGUUACCCUGAGGUUGGUGGAAGCAUCAGCUGUACCGACUUCAAUCACAACGGCACCAUCUUCGCCUACGCUGUCUCGUACGACUGGCACCAGGGAUACGCAGCCAACAACCCUCAGUACCCCAACAAGGUCAUGCUGCACGGCAUCAGCGGCGAUGAGUGCAAGCCCAGACCCAACGCCAAGAAGCGAUGA